AGCAUGUGUUUUUCCUCUUGUUCUUGUUUUGCUUUCCGUUGCAUUGCCAAUGGCCAUGAUUGUGUCAAAGCAAUAAAGCACGAACACACACCUUUUUUUUUUGUAUAAAUAUAUAUCACGUUGAGGGACAGAGCGUCUGUGUGCGAUAGAGUGUGGUUUCUUUGCAAGUCAUGCGACGCUGCCCACACAGUGCUUUCGUUGCCGCCGGCUUUGUGUCCUCCUUCAACUACGUACACCAAUAAUACGCAUACACACACAUACACUCGCAAGUUUACGCCCCACCGCCACAACGUCGUGGAUUGCUGAAACGCUGCAGAGUUGGAUGGGCUCUUUCUUCAUGGGGCGGUGCAAGCGGGUGUCAUCGGAGAACUUCACGUUUCAUGAUGAGUACGCGCUGCUCGACGCACCCAUCCAAAAUGCGGAACACAUCCCGCUGCGGCUGAGUCCGCAGGAGCGCAAGAUCCAGCGCCUCAUGCGCGGCAUCAUCCUAGCCUCGUCCUACACCGACAAGGUCGACGGCGCCGCGGCGCUGAAGCACAAAAGUCGUGACCUACUCAUCGUGAAGGAGCUGACAAACGCACUGACAGGCUUAAUUGUCGGCCUGGGCACGCGCCAAGCAGCCAAUUUCCUGCGCGAUCACGAGUUCACACCGUACCAGCAUGACAUCCGCGCAGCCAUUGAGAUGUGCCGGCGGUAUAAAAUAAUGAAUCCCGACAUGCUCCGCACCGACUACGUUAAGUUCCUCUACAUGAUACAGGACGCCGUGCAGAAUGAUAUGGCGCGUGAGGCGCUCGGUUUUAAUGUCGUAAAGAGUUUAGUGACAGUGGGCCGCUACUGCGAGGCGCACAGCAUUCAGGAUCUACUGGCCGAUAGCCGGUUGGCGUACUGCAUCACACCAGUGCCGGUGAUGCGAGACCGCCAUCUGCUGAAUCGGUGUCUGCGGGGCAAAGAUGUGAUGGUAGAGAAGCUGGUGAGCCACUACGCUACCGAGCACCGUUUGGCGGAGGACAAGGUCGAAAUCGCAGUGCGCAGUCUGAACGACGCAAACUGCUUCUCCAACGACAACGUGGAGACGACGACACGGCUGCUGCAGCUGCUGAAGCAGCACUUCAAGCCGAAUGAACUGUUGGAGACGACGGACUUGACCAUCGACGAGGGCACCGACGGUAGCCGCCUUUCGCACAACCACCGCAUGCAGUACUUCUUUGUCCUGCAGAGUCUCUCCCUGUGGAAGAAUAUCUGCCGCAAGAUGUACGUUCUGUGGUCGAUCGCAGAGGAAGACAUGCUCGACCCAAACGAGAAGUAUGAGCUGCGCUCGACCGGGCAAGGUCUGCAGCGCGUGCAGAAGGCCCCGCAUUUAUACAAGGCGAUACAACAGGUGCUGAACGAGACGAAGGAGGAGCUGGGGGAAUGGGUGGGGUCCGAGCGCAUCCACCUCGGCGACAACCAGGUGCCGAACGCGUUCCAUUUCAUCGACAAGUACGGCCAGGUGUCACGUAUUAUAAUCCCCAUUCUGCGGACGCUCGACUUCAUUGACCAUCUGGAAAAGCAGGCCGAACACGCGGCGUAUUUGCGCGAAGUCUGGGGCAGCGGGGAGCUCGCUAAGCGCGCCAUCUUGCGUGACUUUUUUCGCCAUGGCUUUGACGGUAGUGGUGGCGACAACAUGGAUGACGCCGGCAGCUGCAUUGAUGGUAGGUUGACGAGCGCGUGGAACUGGUGCAAUAACAUACGAUUUAAACCCUUCUAUCCGCUCUUUCUCUUCUCCGGGUUUAGCUCUUUCGAUGGCGAUAUGAGUGUCUAA